AUGGGUUUUCUGUCUCUGAAAGCAUGUUAUCGUGCAUCCAUUCUCGCUCAGACCAAAACUUGGUUCUUGAAGGAUAAUGAUAAAAUGUGGUACAAAAUCGAGAAAUGCAUGAUGAGCAAGGGAGAUCUUGUGAACUGGUUAUUUGCUACUCAUCUAGACCGCUCACUAAAACCUCCCACUUCCCCCACCAUCAGGGCCACCAUAUCUAAUUGGCAGUCAGUAUUAGGUGAUCCAACCUUGUGCACAACCACUACCACUCUGGAAACCCCACUGCAAGUAUACGAAAUUGCAAUACCAUAUUUGGACUUAUGGGCAAUCACAAUGAUCUUAAACAUGCUCCUUUUUCUGGGGCUGUUCAUCUUCCACCAGAUCAUUUCUACAACUCCUCCAACUCUUACCUAUGGGUGUAAACUGGGCACGGCAGCUGAAUGCAAAAAGGCCAGGUUUGUGCCCGGUCACACUCUGCUGGGAGAAGGAUUGGAUAUUGUCACCAUGAAGACCACUGGCUCGUUUCUUCUCAACCUGCAGAAAGUUGGCAAAACGUGUACCCUCUGUAGCAACCCGCAUGUCAACAACACCCUGCAGAAACUGCCCAAGGCCCUGCUGGACUGGAAACCCCAGACUUCCUGUUCCAGGCAUAUUGUCAGCACGGUAUCAGAGUCUAAAGUGUCGCUGGCAAAGGAAGCAACGUCUUUUGUACAGAACGACUGGAAAGUUGGCCUGGAUGUUGGCGUGACGGUGGUGAAUGCGAAGAUAGCUGUCGGUGGUUCUCAUUCAAAUUUGGCAAAGUUUGUUGACAGUAAAAGCCUCCAGGACAAGUACAACUAUCUCAGCCAUAAAUUACAGUGUACAUACUACAGUUUCCAUUUGGCUUCUGAUGCCCCAUUAACUGCUCACUUUGCCCAAGAACUGCAAAAGCUUCCAGAGACCUAUGAUAUGAGCACCAAGGCUGAGUACAGACGUCUAAUACGUAAAUUUGGAACUCAUUACAUUACCCUUGCCAACAUUGGAGGUCGCACUCAAGAGAUCACAGCCGUCAGAGCAUGUGAAGUGACCAUGGAUGGUCUGACGUUAGAUGAAGUCAAGGAUUGCCUCAAUGUUGAAGCUGAGAUCGCAGCGUCCACUCCGGAGCAGUCAGCUGCUUUGAAAUCUAAAGUUGAGCACUGCAAAGAAAAAUCAAAGAUAGCCAACUAUGAGAACACCUUUCACCAAACAUUCAAGGAGCGGACCUGGGAGGUAAAAGGAGGAAAAGCGACGUUUGAUCUACUUUCAGUUGUGAAUGGGAAAACAGAAGCGUUUGAAAACUGGAUGGAAAGCUUGAAAACUCAUCCAGGCCUUGUGUCCUACUCCCUGGAUCCCAUCCACAACCUGGUGAGAUUUGAGGGUCCUCAGAAAGAGAACCUGAGACUUGCAGUAGGGGAUUACAUCAAGGAAAUGGCUAUCAUAGAGAACUGUUCUUGCUCUGCCCCCUCGUAUGCCAUUCAUGGAAGGGACUGUUCCUGCAUGUGUCCGGUCACUGAGUACACAAGUUCAAACUGCUGCCCAACACAGAGAGGAAUCGCCAAACUCCAUGUAACCAUAAAUUCAGCUACAGGACUGCGGGAUGACUUCUUCACAAAGACAGACGCCUACGUGAAAUUCCAAUUUGAUUCUGCUGAUAGAGCAACCAGAACCAUCUGGAAUAAUAACGAUCCCUUUUGGAAUGAAACUUUUAACAUGGACUUUGUGGAACUGGGUGACAAGAAGACAUUUAAAAUUGAAGUGUGGGAUGAAGACCGUACAUCUGGUGACGAUCUUCUUGGAAGGUGCGAGAAAACUCUGACUUCGGGAGAAUGGUUCGAAACCUGUUACCUGAAUCAUGGAAGCCUUAGCUAUUCCAUAAGUGUCACUUGUUCCUCCUACCUCCAUGGCCAAUACUGUGAGGGCUACAAUCCCGUCCCACCAAAAUGA